AUAGAUGGUGGCAGCUGCCAUACUACUGGGCUGGUAUAAAGAUGUACGACCUGGUAGCUGGAGGCCAGUGUCUGAAGAGCAGUUAUGUCCUCAGUAAGAACAAGGCUCUGGAACUCUUCCCCAUGCUGAAGAAAGACAAACUGGUGGGAGCCAUCGUCUACUAUGAUGGACAGCAUAACGAUGCUCGUAUGAACCUGGCGAUCGCCCUGACAGCAGCCAGACAUGGUGCCGCCAUCGCUAACUACACAGAGGUGGUCCACCUGCUGAAGAAAACAGACGCAGGGACGGGCAAGGAGAAGGUCUGUGGGGCGCGCUGCAGGGACGUUAUCACAGGAAAUGAAUUUGACGUCAGAGCCAAAUGUGUCAUUAACGCCACGGGACCGUUCACGGACUCUCUGAGGAAGAUGGACGACGGGAAAAACACUAACAUCUGCCAGCCCAGUGCUGGGGUUCACAUAGUUAUCCCUGGUUAUUACAGUCCUGACAACAUGGGUCUCCUGGACCCGGCAACCAGCGACGGCCGUGUCAUCUUCUUCCUGCCCUGGGAGAAGAUGACCAUAGCCGGGACGACGGACACGCCCACUGACAUCACCGCCCACCCCAUCCCCAGGGAGGAAGACAUCAACUUCAUCCUGAACGAAGUCCGCAACUACCUCAGCCCUGAUGUAGAGG